AUGUCAUUCAGCGAAUUCGUUCAGAUGGCUAGAGACCUAGGCCUGGAGGCAGAACAUGUAGUCACCUUCGCAGAGGCUAGGAUGAGAGAGCUAUCUGAAAGAGAGGCCGCCAUGAGGGAAGAGAGAGCUGCGGAGAGGGCCCAUAGGAGGGAGAUGGCAGAGGUAGAAGCCAUGACAGUUACAGCUAAUAAAGAGCUGGAAUUAGCUCGGAUCGAAAGAGAUAGGGCUGUAGCUCUGGCAGAGGCCAGCAAGACGGCGGAUGCAAAGGAAGGUAACAAAGAUUAUGGUGAUCAUGAUUUGAGCAACUACAAGCCAAGGUUACCUUACCUUGGUAUCCAGGAUGAUAUUCAUUCUUAUUUGGACCGUUUUGAAGAUGCGAUGCGCAGUGGACGCAUCCCAGAAGCACAAUGGGUGUCUCGACUGCGAGACCUACUGACUGGGAAAGUACUAAUAACAUUUAGUAAUUUCUCAGAAGAGGAGAGAAAGUCGUAUGUUGUUGUACGUCAGAAAUUGUUGGCAUCUAGGUUGUUAACAGAAGCAGGUUAUAGGAAUCAGUUUCAUACACUGAUGCCUACACCAGAUGUCAGUUUCUCUGAGUAUGUUGCUCAAGUAAAAACCAUUUUUUUCAGGUGGGUGAACUUGGCAGAGGUCGGCACAUCUUUUGAUAAAUUGGUUGAUCUUAUUUUGAGAGACAAUGUAUUAUUAUCCUGCAGCAAUGAUUUGUGUACUUUUUUUCAAGAAAGAAAACCUAGGAGUUUGGAGGAUAUGAUCACACUGGGUGAACAAUAUAUCACAGCUCAUCCAGGGAAGGCGAUACAUAAGGAGAAAAUUGACGAUUUUUUCCCAGCAGCGGCAGGCCUUCAGGUCAGACCUUCUCCGGUUACACAGAAUCAUGGGAGCUUUAGGAAUAAGGAUUCGACAACGGUCCAGAGGCCCAAACAGGGGAAGCAACAGUGGAAGGGCCUCACUAAUAAUGAGCAGCCCGGCUGUAAAUUUUGUGGGUCCUGGAGACACAGAUCUGAGGACUGCCAGUAUAGGGAUAGGAGGGAUGAUGACAACCCACCGGGAAAAAGUUUUUUCAGAUCUAGAAAUAUUAAGUGUUUCCUGUGUUCAGGACCACACAAACGUAGUGUAUGCCCUAAAGUAGUAAAGGGUAAAGCAAGUGCGGCACAGGUAGGAGACAACGGUAGAUCUACCCAAAUAUACAAUGACAUAGUGAAAGUAAGACCCCAAGUUAUAUACCCCACCUUAUCAGCAACCUUUCAGAUCGGGGGGUUACCCAUCCAUAAAGGGUAUGUGGGUCAGAAAAGUUGUACUGUGUUAAGGGACAGUGGCGCCAAUGUAAUCGGGGUUGCAAAAUACCUAGUGCCUAAAUCUGGCUAUUUGGGAAGAAGUGUAAAAUGUAGAACCUUUGGGGGGAGAAUUGAGACUUACCCGCUGGCUCGAGCAUUUUUGGAUUGCUGUUUUUUCAAGGGUCAUGCAGAGGUGUGCGUUUUGCGACACCCAGCUGCGGGAAUAAUGUUGGGAACGGUAAAGGGUGUAAAGGAACCAACUGAAGAAGAAAUCAAACAUUGGUACAGUGCUCACGAACGAGUGGCAAACGCAGUGGUCACAAGAGCCCAAAAAAUUCAAAAAAAUGAAUACGCCAAAACCGAUGCAGUUGUGGAGGCUUCUGAUGGAAGUCAGCUGGUUAUUCCAGAAACCAUAACCUCGGAAGAACAUAACAUUACAUCAAAACCAGGGGCCCAGGGUAGUUUCAAGGAAUGCCAGCAAUCGGACCCAACUUUAAAGAAGUAUUUUCUUAAGGCACAAUACUCUGGAUAUAAGAAAAGUAAGGGAGGGAAGUGGUACUUCUUCAUAAAAAAUGGCAUUCUUAUGAGGUAUUUUGAGAGAGCCAACAACUCCUACAAACAGCUUGUUGUACCACUCAUCUAUAGGGUUGAAGUUUUGAAAACUGCACAUGAUACCCCAUUUGCGGGGCAUUUGGGCAUCGGUAAGACGCAGAGAAGAGUCUUAUCUCAGUUUUAUUGGCCAGGGUGUUCUACGGAUAUUCGUAACUAUUGCCGAUCAUGUAAGGACUGUCAGUUGAUGUCUAGGAGAGGUGCAUACAGAGGGCUCCAAUUCAGAGUACAUAUUUGCCCUAUCGCCCAUUCGAGAAAGUAG